AUGGCCUACGAUCGGGAUGUGGUAGUUUGUUGUUUCAAGCGACAUUACGAGCUCUUAGUGAGAUUAGCCUACUUUGAUUCCGCAGAGAUCCAUUACCCUCCAGACGAAGGCUGGGGCGAUGAGCAGCUUGCUGUUGACAUCAUGCGUGCUUUCGGCCGCUCAGAGGAAGUAAUCGAUCUCCUCCGGCAUCUACCUUACAUCAAACAGCUCGACGGUGACAGCAAAGACGAAGUAUACUUCCAAACCCGACAUCUUAGCUAUCUACGCGAUACCUGGCCGUUCAAAUCCUUGACUGUUGAAAAAUGCCAAGGGAAACAGCUAUUUGACAAACUGUUGAUGCCGAGUCCUGAAGACUGGCCAGCUGGUUUCAUUGCCUUGACGCAAGACAUAUAUGCAACAUGGUGGAUAAUGGAUACUACGAAAGGCAUCUUACAUGCAGUGGGUACAGGUUAUGUAGAGCCACCAAAGGAUGAGCCUUGGCUUUUGGGUUCUGUUCCACAUGACAUUCGAGAAUAUUUUGACGAAAUCUACAAGGAAAUUGAAGGAUUGACAAUGGUUCCUUGUCCGAAGGGGAACAACUCGUGGAACAGGACAGUACAGCCGUACACGUGGGAGAUCGGAAGUGUUGUGAGUCAAACGUUACGGAAGCAUGGCUGGCCCGAUUGUCUGGAUCGAGACGGGUAUCUCGAGGAGCUCGAGCGGGUACGUCCAGAGGGUUGA